GACGCGCAGCGGUUUGAGUGGGCGGGCGCGCGGACGACGGUUGUGGCGGCGGGGAAUGGAGGCUGGCGCCAGCACCAGCGCGAGGCGGCCCCACUGCAGCUCAGAAGGUGUUCCGUGAGGCUCGCGGUUUCUGGAGCCCGGGUCCUCCCGGGAGGGUGGAGGAGGAGGAGGAGGAGCUGCUGCUACUACUAUUGCUGCACUGAGCGCCUGUCAGUGUUUCUCUCCCCUCCUGAGGAACCAUGAGACAGGACGUGGCAGCAGAAAACCAUCUUCUACUCCCCAGCUACUGCAGCUGCUUCCGCUGCACAGACACCGGGAUCGUCUGAGGGAGGGAGGAAGGAAAUAGAAACAUCCUUUUAUUUCCCCUCUCUCUAUCGUUUUGUUUCACAACCGCUCGGCCUUACGGGAACAUCCCCAUCCCCUUUCUUUCUCUCUCCCAACCCCGUUCCCCUUAUUGGUGUAACGGCUGCAGCAGCAGUCGGCCAACAUUUUUAACCUUCUGCCGCUCGCUUCUGUUCGCCCCCGGUCUGCGAUGCGACCCCCUUCCCCUAAAUAUAUGAAACUAUCUAUCAGAAGGAAUCCAGAUUUUACGAUUUGUGAGGUCCUUUUCUUUUCCCCUCUAUUGCACCAAUUCCUGAAGAGAGAGAAAAUGUUUGCAGUUUGUUUUAUUUUGGCUGAAUAGAUCGUUGGCGUGUUUUAUUUUUUUUGUAGUUGGCCGGUAGACUGGACCCCCCCCCCCCCCCGUGACCCGGACAUGUGGAACUCUGGCAGUGGCCCCCUGCAGAUACUGAGCAAAGUGUUGAAGAAGUUGAGCAAAGGUCAGCACUGGGCGCUGAGCCGGGGUUUGCAGAGACCCUGCCCCAACUCGCUGCUGCUGGCCCAGGGGGAGGCGGCUUCCUACGAGGAGAGGGUGCAGGUGAAGCCCGAGCUGAGCCUGCAAGAGCAGGGGCUGGAGAGCGAUCUGCCCAUCCUUGGGGACCCCAAGGGCACCUGCCUGAAUGGCUGCUGCCUGAAGAGCUUCCUGCUGGUCUGCCUGCUGACCCUGGUCUGCUUCUCCUCGCUGGCGCUGCUGCGGCGCUACCUGAAGGAACUGCUGCUAUGGGUGGAGGGCUUGGACAGCUUGGUCGGGGCAUUGCUCUUCGUCGUGGGCUUCAUCGCCGUCUCUUUCCCCUGCAGCUGGGGCUACAUCGUGCUGAACGUGGCCGCCGGCUACCUGUACGGCUUCGUGCUGGGCUUGGGACUGGUGGUGGUCGGGGUGCUGAUCGGGACUUUCAUCGCUCACCUGCUCUGCAAGCGGCUGCUGGCGGCGUGGGUCACCGCCAAGGUCCGGGCCAACGAGCAGCUCAGCGCCGUGGUCCGGGUGGUGGAAGGAGGCAGCGGACUGAAGGUGGUGGCUUUGGCCAGACUCACCCCCAUUCCCUUCGGGCUGCAGAAUGCAGUGUUUUCGAUUACAGAUUUAUCUCUCCCAAAUUACCUUGUUGCAUCUUCAGUUGGACUGCUCCCCACUCAACUUUUGAAUUCUUACCUGGGAACGACACUACGUACAAUGGAAGAUGUUAUUGCUGAGCAGAGUAUCAGUGGAUAUUUAAUAUUCAGUCUGCAGGUAAGCUGUUUUGCUUGCAUUAUAUUCUCAUUAGCAAUGAAAAUUCUUUUGAUAUUAUGGUAUUGUGCAAAGAGGGGAUUAUAA